GUAGGAGGCGGAUCGUUGUGUUCAAUGUUUCCCCACUGAGGUGACUUGAACCGUUCUCCCCGAACAAAAAGAUCACCUCGGAGAUCGCCGAGAGCCGGUUUUCCUCUCCCAGAGCGGAGCUGGAGGUGGACUGGGGGAAGAUAAUAAUGAUCAACACCAUGGAAUGCGCAGUGGACGCGCAAAGUCUGAUCUCCAUUUCCUUAAUGAAAAUCCACAACUCCAGGACGCAGAGAGGGGGGAUCAAGCUGCACAAAAACCUGCUGGUCUCUUACGUGCUGAGGAACGCCAGGCAGGUCUACAUCAAGGAGAAAUACGCGGAGAUCUACAGGAUGCAGCAGUACGAGGAAGUGAUGACGGUCUGCAAUGAGAUCCAGGAGCUCAACCCGCUGGACCUGGACGCAGAGGACGCCGACGACGAGGAGCAGGGGCGGGCUGCUUGCUGCGGCGAAGAGGCGAGUCUGUGCGGCUCUGCGUGCCACCGAGACGCGGCGCACCCAGCGGCGCACGGCCGGGCUGCGGGCGCUCUCCCUGGCUGCUCACCGCUCGAGGACGACAGCAAGGAACCGGAGCCCUCUUACUACCGAAGCUGCUGCAUGGAGGCUCCCCCUGUGUCCCACUGCGACCAGUUUACAGCAAAUAGCAGCGCGCACUGCAACAAAACCACAGUGCUGGACUUGGACACGCAUGUGGUGACCACGGUGGAGAACGGCUACCUCCACCAGGACUGCUGCUGUGACGCGCUCCAGUGCGGCCAGGGCGCGCAGUCCCCGGCCAAGAAACGGAAGGUUGAGUUCGGUUGUUGUGCAUCCGACGUUGAAGAAGUAUCGGAUUUUACAGCGGCUCGCAAAAGGGCGAAACGCGAGGACUGUUCCUACUCCCACCCGGACUACACGGACACUUCUAACAUCUCCAACCUGAUCUCCAUCUUCGGCUCGGGAUUUUCCGGGCUGCUGAGCAGACAGACGGACUUGGACCAGAUCUGUAGCAAACAGGUCCUGGCCAGUCUGGGGGCAUGGACCCGGGCAAUUGUGGCAUUUUGAAUCAAACACUUUAUUUUAGGGGGGGCCGGGGUCAGUUGUAACAUGUUUUUCCUUGAAGUGGAUUACUAUUUUCUGUUGCCAGCUUGAUGGGGAACAUGGUUUAAGCUCAGGAGGACGUUACUAUUAACAAACGUUCCCAUACUGUUCUCUGAGAAAAUGUACACAUUUACAUUUCAGGUAGAAAGACGGAAUUUAUGGAGGUCAAAUGUUCUGUAAAUGACCACACAAGGACUAGUGGACAAAUUGGUCACCACUGUUCUGGUCAAGGUUUAUCAAUUAACUUCUCACAUAGAAAGUGUGGCACCACUGUAGCCCUCUUCACUUCAUUUUUGAACAUUACAAUUGUUCAUUUUUCAAUAUGUUUAACACUGACGAGGAACUUUGAACAUUUACAGCUGACCCCACAGUGUCAGCCAUGGUAAAAUACCAUGUGCUAAAAUCACAACUCUGAUGUUAGCUGGCCUCAGUACUCUUGUAACAGCAAUUGAAAACAUACAGAUGAUAAAAGUAUCAAGAAUUAUACCUCAAAGCACACAUUUGUCUUAAAAAAGCAUGUAUAACAUAUGUGAGCCUGACUCAAUGGUGUGCACUGGGUGACAUCACCCACACUGGUUUCUGAUUGGUGGAAAUAGAGGCGUUAUAACUGAACCCAGACUCCCCUAGAAGGUCUAAAUCAACUUUAUUUUUGCAGGAAAAAGAAAAGCUAUUUAAAUGAACAUUUUAAUGACAAUAGUUUUGGCAGGGAGAUGAAAGAGUUUGUGCCAUAUAUAUAUCAUGUACAGGCUGUCCUGUUUCAGAAUGGGAGAUACGUGUCUACAGAAUACACUUUUGUGAAAUGGACUGACUUCCGUUGCCUUAAAUCCAAUGCACACAACUGCUAGCUAUUGUCAUAAAUUGAAAGUGAGUGAAUGUCUUUUCUGUCCGGGCUGAGGAGCCUUUUGGGGAAAUGCAUCUCCAGUUUGAAAUGGACCUUGCACAUUCUGAGCAUUUUGUUGUCAUGUGAAACACCACAUUCAGGACUCCCUCCUAAACACCUUUGAGGUACAUGGACUGAACCAGCUCGUAUCACUUAAUGGAGUGCCAACACUUUCAAUUCUGCAACACUUUUGGGCUAUUACUGUGGUCAUCACUUCACCUCCAUUCCCAGUGUGUGAUAGCACACAGUCCAGGUUACAUUUGGCAGUUUGACAUUCUCUUUUAAUCAUGGUUGUUGCUCAAAGCCUUCACAGCAAUUCAUAAUUCCAACAUGUCUUGGUAUUGUGAGUAUUACUUGUUAUGUAAAAGAAUGAACUUAGUCCUUUUGUUUUAAAAAGGCAAACUCAUGAUUUAGCCAUAACCUGAGAAUCCACGCAUUAGCUUUAUGAGCACUAUGUGUACCAAAAUAAAGAGAGUAUUCAGCCAUUCUCUACAUAUUUUGUUGUUAUUCUUGUAUUUUUGUGCUUACUAAAUUGUAUAUCACCGGGUAAAACUGUUCGCGAAAAUAUUUGUUAAAAAUUUAUAAUCUUAAUAAAAAAUA